CGCCCCACUUUGUUGAUUUUUCCCAGCAAACCAGCAGCAGCACACGGAGCCUGCUCUGCUGUGAGUGAGUGUGUGCUCAUCUUCUCCUGCUGCUCCUGCCUUUUCUCUUCCCACUUCCCACACACCCCCUUUUUUUCCCUUUUUCCUGGUGGGAACAAUGGAGUCUGCCGGCGGCUGUUGCUGUGCCCUCAUCUGCUCUGUGUGAACUGAGCUGAGGAUCCGCUCGAUUUUUGAUCCCUUGAUGCACGAGAGGAUGCUCAGGAUUGAGGGACAGGCAGCACCUCCAGUUGCCUAGCUACUUUCCUUUCCUCUGCGUGGGAGUGAGGUCUCGAGACGAAUUCCAUGGCGUACGCCGCCGCCGCCGUUCUUCUUCUGCUGCUCCUCUUCUCGCUCUCCACUGCUCAGCCUGGUUUCAUUAGCUUGGAUUGUGGGGGAGCAGAUGAUUACACCGAUGGCAUUGGGAUCCAGUGGACUUCUGAUGCCAAGUUGGUCUUCGGUGGACAGACUGCAAACUUGCUGGUCCAAAACCAGCCCCAGAAGCAGUAUUCAACUUUGAGGUAUUUUCCAGCAGACACCAGGAAGUAUUGCUACACCAUGAAUGUCAGGACCAGGACGCGGUACCUCGUGAGAGCUAGUUUCCUAUAUGGCAAUUUCGACAACAGCAACGUCUAUCCCAAGUUUGAUCUCUCCCUCGGAGCGACUCACUGGUCCACGGUCAUAAUCGAUGAUGCCGACACGCCGGUAGUCGAGGAGGCGACUAUCUUGGCUUCUGCUCCGACGCUCAGUGUCUGCGUUUCUAAUGCCAGUACAGGGCAGCCGUUUAUCUCUACCCUCGAGCUUCGCCAAUUUAACGGUUCGCUCUACUAUACCGACUAUGAGGCACAGUUCUUCCUUGCACUGUCUGCAAGGAUAAAUUUCGGUGCUCAAGGCAAUGAAUCAGUCAGGUACCCUGAUGAUCCAUUCGAUCGAAUAUGGGAAUCUGACUCUUCGAGGAGAGCAAAUUACCUUGUUGAUGUUGCUCCAGGAACUCAAAGAAUAUCAACCACAAACCCGGUAUUUGUCAGUAUCAAUGAAGAACCACCUGAAAAGGUCAUGCAAACAGCAGUUGUUGGCCAAAAUGGAUCCUUGAACUACCGGCUUGAUUUGGAAGGGUUCCCGGGAAAUGCAUGGGCGGUCUCAUAUUUUGCAGAGAUUGAAGCUUUGGCCUCAAAUGAAACUAGAAAAUUUAAGUUAGUUGUUCCUGGCAUGCCAGCAUUCAGUAAACCAACAGUUGAUGUGGAGGAGAAUGCACAGGGGAAGUAUCGUUUAUACCAACCAGGUUACACGAACGUGUCACUUCCAUUUGUUUUCUCUUUCGAGUUCAAGAAGACAAAUGAUUCUUCAAAGGGACCUAUCUUGAAUGCCAUGGAAAUUUACAAAUAUGUCCAGAUUACCAUGGGAUCUCAAGAUGCAAACAUCAUGGCUAGCUUGGUCUCACGGUAUCCACAAGCAGGUUGGGCACAAGAGGGUGGUGAUCCAUGCUUGCCAGCAUCAUGGACCUGGGUACAAUGCAGUUCAGAACCAGCACCCAGGGUGUCUUCGAUCACACUGUCAGGGAAGAACAUUACAGGAAGUAUCCCUCUGGAAUUAACAAAGUUAUCGGCAUUGGUCGACUUAAAGCUCGAUGGUAACUCAUUUUCUGGUGAAAUACCUGAUUUCAGUGGAUGCCGAAAUCUGCAGUACAUUCACCUUGAAAACAAUCAGAUAACGGGUGCAUUGCCGUCCUCUAUGGGUGACCUACCUAACCUCAAAGAGUUGUAUGUUCAGAACAAUAGGCUGUCCGGACAGAUUCCAAGGGCACUGUCCAAGAAGGGCAUCACUUUCAGUUGGUCAGGCAACAAUGGUCUUCACACUGCAAAUGAUAGUAUCAGCCACACCACCAUAAUAAUCAUCGUAUGUGCUGUGGUUGGGGCGAUCUUGUUACUUGCUGUCGCUAUUGCAUGUUGUUUUUGUACACUCAAGAGAAAGAGAAAACCUUCACAUGAAACUGUUGUUGUUGCAGCACCAGCAAAAAAGUUAGGCUCAUAUUUCAGUGAAGUAGCCACAGAAUCAGCACACAGGUUUGCUUUAUCCGAAAUUGAAGAUGCUACAGGUAAAUUUGAGAAAAGAAUCGGAUCUGGAGGAUUCGGCAUAGUAUAUUAUGGAAAGCUGGCAGAUGGGAGAGAGAUCGCAGUUAAGCUUCUGACAAAUGACUCCUAUCAGGGCAUCCGAGAAUUCUUGAAUGAGGUAGCAUUGCUUUCCAGAAUACAUCACAGGAACUUGGUAACUUUCCUUGGUUACAGUCAACAGGAUGGAAAAAACAUACUCGUGUAUGAGUACAUGCAUAACGGAACGCUAAAAGAGCACCUUCGCGGAGGUCCUAAUGAUGUAAAAAUAACUAGCUGGGUCAAGCGUCUUGAGAUAGCAGAAGAUGCUGCAAAAGGUAUAGAGUAUCUCCAUACAGGAUGCUCUCCAACUAUAAUUCAUAGAGAUGUCAAGAGCAGUAACAUUCUACUUGACAAGAACAUGAGGGCAAAGGUCGCAGAUUUUGGCCUGUCAAAACCUGCGGUCGAUGGGUCUCAUGUAUCAAGUAUCGUUCGCGGGACAGUUGGGUAUCUGGAUCCAGAGUAUUACAUCUCCCAGCAGCUAACCGAGAAGAGUGACAUCUACAGUUUCGGUGUUAUUCUACUCGAGCUAAUCUCAGGCCACGAGCCAAUCUCCAGUGACAACUUUGGUCUCAAUUGCCGUAACAUCGUUGCAUGGGCUAGAUCGCACCUCGAGAGUGGGAACAUCGAUGCCAUCAUCGAUGCAUCGCUAGACACUGGCUACGACCUGCAGUCGGUAUGGAAGAUCGCGGAGGCAGGCAUCAUGUGUGUGGAGCCAAAGGGCGCACAAAGGCCGACAAUCUCAGAGGUGCUCAAGGAGAUCCAGGACGCCAUCGCCAUCGAGAAGCAGCGGCAGGCGCCCCAAGCUCAGCAGCUCAUGUCCAAGAGGUCCAUGGGGUCUGCCUCUGUCAACACGGAUAACAGCAUGGACUUGGAGCAGAAUGCGACAUUCGACGAUCAACUCAUGCGGCCAGCUCUCAGAUAGGAGGAAUAGGAUCAUUCAGGGCUGGACAAGAUGCUUUUACUUUUCCAUCUAAGCAAAGCACAAGGCAAGGGCUCAUGUGUUAAUGUUGUAGCUAGUUUUUUCCGUUCCUAUCCCUGAUGUGUUGAUGUAGUUGCUAGGUUUUUCUGUUCCAUUGUAAUGAUUUGAUUUGAAAGCUGUGAAGAAUCAAUUACCUAGCUAGGCAGCAAGCAUGAAUUGGGGAUUUUUAUGGUGAAAAAAAAAGCUGUUUUCAUUCCCGUA